CCAUUGUUCACCUCGCGCCAUGGACGACGCGCCUGAUCGCAAGAGGCUGAAGCCUACAUAUCAGCCUGCGCAAAAUCUGCCACCGCUACCAUCGGGGUGGACCGAACAUACGGCUCCAACAGGCCACAAAUACUACUAUAAUGCCGCGACGAAAACAUCAACAUAUACUCGUCCAGCUGUGACUCCGCCUCAAGCUCCCACUCCCACUCCGCCUCAACCACAACCUGCAUUUUCUCCUUCGCCAACUGCCUACGCUACAACCUAUCCUCCCAACCAGUACGCUGCGGGUGCUGCCACUCAAUACCCCUCGAACGUCGCCGCGCAAUACACUCAACUCCCUGCCGCGUACAGUCUUCAUCCCGCGAACCCACAAUACAAUGCCUACCCACCACAUUCCCACCUUCCAUCCACUUCUGCUGCUCCAUCUCACGAGCCAAGACGCCGACCACAGCCUCAGGAUCGUCCGAAACGCAAAGAAGUCAUUCCCACUUGCAAACCAUGGGUCGUCGUAUACACAAAGCUCGGCCGACGCUUCGUCCAUAAUCCCGAUACCAAUGAGAGUUUCUGGAAGUUCCCCGAUCACGUCAUGAAAGCUGUCGUCGACUUUGACCGCCUGAAACUGGACGAGAAGCUUGGUACAUCCGAAGAGGUUAGCGGUGCGAACAAGACACCUGUGGCAGAACGUGCGGCCCUCAAGGCCUCAAAGAAGCCUGGAGAGAAACCCGAGGAGAAGGCUGAAGGGAGAGCAAAAGCUCAAGAACCUGAAAAGGCACAAGCAGAUGCUGCUGCAUCUGAUUCAGAGUACGAGGAGAUCGAAGUCACAGACGAUGAGGACGAAGAAGGCGGUGCUCCCCGUCAGGACCAUGGCGAUGCAGAGGUCGAGGACGGACCUCUCGAAUUCGACGAAGACGACAUCGCCUACCAACUAGCCGCAAUGGAAGAUUCAUACGGUCUCGAUCGCGGCGAAUUCGGCGGUGGCGGUGAGGAUGAGUACGAAGAGGGAAUGGAAGGUAUUCCUCUGACUGACGAAGACGGCGCUGCUCUAUUCUGCGAUAUGCUCGAAGACCAACACAUUUCCCCAUAUACACCUUGGGAAACUCUCAUCUCCGACGGCCGCAUCAUAGAUGACAGCAGAUACACCGCCUUGCCGACCACCAAACGCCGAAAGGAGGUAUGGAGUGACUGGACCCGUGAGAAAAUCACACAGCUCCGUGAACAAAAGGCAAAGCAGGAGAAAUUAGACCCGCGCAUAUCAUACCUGUCUCUGCUCUCUGACAAAGCAACACCCAAACUCUACUGGCCCGAGUUUCGCAGAAAAUACAAAAAAGAGGAUGCGAUGCGUGAUGCGAAGCUGAGUGACAAGGAGAGAGAAAGGCUCUACCGUGAGCACAUCAACCGGCUGAAAAUAUCUCCUUCGCAACUAAAAGCAGACCUGGUUUCUCUUCUCAAGUCACUCCCCUUGAAACAGCUCAACAGAGAUACUAGACUCGAGAGUUUACCUAAGGAUCUCCUGACCGAUAUUCGCUUCAUAUCUCUAGCCUCGAAAGCUCGUGACGAUCUACUGGAGGCUCAUAUCUCUACUCUGUCUCCGGCACCUGAUGACGAAGAAGCUGCGACUGAGGAAGAGAGAGCAGAACAGGAGAGGCGAGCAAAAGAGAGGAAAAGACGAGAGCAGGCAUUGAGGGAGAGGGAAGAGACUGUCCAAGAAGAAAAGAGGAAGAGGGACAGAGAUUUGGCCGUUGGGCGUGGAAGGCUGGGCGAGGCAGAGAGGGAGUUGGAGAUGGCUAUGAAGGUCGGGAGAAGUGGACUGAGAGCACACAUAGAUGAGGCUAAGGAGAAUGAGCAGUAGACUCCACGGCCUGGUCGUAGUCGCCCUGCAACUCAAUAUAGCAUUUGUCUCUCGGCAUCAUCGUUCCAGAUACAGAGAAGAGGAGCUCUUGCCUUGAGACAGCUACAAAUGUGACAGUCUUUCGCACACGGGAAGGACGGGCGCUGUGUGAUUGUGCUUGGCGUCUCACUCCCAAGUCAGGGUUGUUGGUGGUACAACCCUGUCUAUGUUUAUUAUCCUCAUCUGUCAACGUAUUGUGAUCAACACAGACUUGGAACGACAAUUUACUUGGCUUGACGGUUACUAAUAAUCAUCUAUGAAUGAAUAUGUGUC